AUGCCACUCGCAACAGUUCAUCUAAUCUCACUGACUUCCAACACCACGAUUCCAUCUUUCGUCAAGACAGUGAGAUCGGCAUCCGAGAUCAAAACCCUCGUCAUUUCUAAGGUCAUCCGGUGGAUCAUCACUCCGGGCACGAUCUCAGCACAAGAACUACUGCAACCCAAGAAGCCAUGGGAUCUGUUGCUGAUAGUCUUGGGCAACGAUCCCCUCCCAGAUAGCGUAAAGAGCAAGAUCGAGCUCCACUGGUCCGUCACCGCGGGCGUACCAUCCCGUCUCACGAACAAUUUUGACCAAACCAACACUCGAUUGCUACACCCAGAUCCCAAAUCAAUACCCGCACUGACAGGCUCCCUCUCGAAACCACGCAUGGGAAGCUCGUCCCAGACACUCGAGCUCUCUGCUGGCCUUAACCAAUGGGUUGAGUCAUUCUCCCAGACCCACGCCGGCCAGAACGCCAUGUCAAUGCUAAAUCUCCUCGCUUUCAAACCAGGCAAGAAAGCCGACUAUCUUCAGUACGGAAAGGCGUUCGCAGAGACCAUUGGUGCCAAGCGCGGUGGCAACGCGAAGCUCGUGGGUAACGUUACGGCCCAGCAGGACCAGAGUGUCUCUGGUGGCAAGUGGGAUGAGUUCGCCCUCGCCCAUUACCCGAGCAUCACGCAUUUUGCGGACAUGCUUGCCAGUGAGGACUAUCAGGCGGUCAAUCUCAAGUACCGCGUGCCCAGUCUCGCGGAUACUUUCAUUCUGGCUACAAGUGAGAUUGAAUUGGAAAAUGUGGUGAAAGGGCAAGCAACAGCUAAGCUAUAG